CACCCUCCGCAGAUCCGCAGGGGAGGGCGGCCUGCCGACAGGCCCACCCCGGGGCGUUGCUGAAGGGCGCCCUCGGUCGCCCCCGACCGCUCCCCUCCCCAGAUGUACUAUGCAGUUUCCCAGGCGCGCGUGAACGCGGCCCCCGCGACCAUGCUGCGGCCCCAGAGGCCGGGAGACGUGCAGCUCGGGGCCUCCCUGUACGAGCUGGUGGGCUACCGGCAGCCGUCCUCCUCCUCUUCCUCCUCCUCUACAUCCUCCUCCUCCUCCACGGCAGCAUCCCUUUUCCCCAAGGCUCCCCGGGAGAAGCAAGAGGCACCCGCCGAACCACUGGGAACCGGGCCUGGAUGCGGAGGCGGUGGCGGCGGUGGCGUGGGCACCCGGGCGGACGCCAAAGAGGACCAGCAGCAGCUGCUGCGGCGCAAGAUCAACAGCCGCGAGCGCAAGCGCAUGCAGGACCUGAACUUGGCCAUGGACGCGCUGCGCGAAGUCAUCCUGCCCUACUCGGCGGCGCACUGCCAGGGCGCGCCGGGGCGCAAGCUCUCCAAGAUCGCCACGCUGCUGCUGGCCCGUAACUACAUCCUGCUGCUGGGUAGCUCGCUGCAGGAGCUACGCCGGGCGCUCGGCGAGGGUGCGGGCCCCGCCGCACCGCGCCUGCUGCUGGCCGGCCUGCCCCUGCUGGCAGCCGCGCCGGGCUCCGUGCUGCUGGCACCCGGGGCCGUGGGGCCCCCAGACGCGCUGCGCCCGGCCAAGUACCUGUCGCUGGCGCUGGACGAGCCGCCCUGUGGGCAGUUCGCUCUUCCGGGCGGUGGCGCGGGGGCCCCCAGCCUGUGCACCUGCGCUGUGUGCAAGUUCCCGUAUCUGGUCCCCGCGGGCCUGGGCCUGGCUACAGUGCAGGCUCCGUUCUCUAAGUGAGGGCUGGACCAG